AUGUCUUCGUACCCUGCCGGAUUCACUCCUGUUCCGCGCGAUCCAUCGCAGCUGCCCUAUGCGAAGCUCAACCCUCCCGCAGCGUCCAUCUCGCUCGCCGACGUCCCCCUUCCGACGUCGAAGCUGAUCGAGGAGGCCAAGACGUUCCUCGAACCCGAGCUCGGGGAGAAGAUAUGGAACCACUCGCACCGCGCGUUUCUGAUCGGAUCGGCGGUGGCCAAACUCCAAUUCGCUACGGACGGGACCCUCGCGAAUGCUUACGAUGCCGAAAGCUUCUAUCUCGCGUGUCUAUUCCACGACAUCGGAUGCACGCCAGCCAACAUCAAAAAGACUGAGCUCUCUUUCGAGUUUUGGGGCGGUCUGACAACGCGACAGUGGCUACUCGACCACGGCGCAUCCUCCGACCUGGCCGACUCCGCCUCUGAGGCCAUAUUCCGGCAUACCGACUUCAACAACGGCAAAAUCUCCUUCAACGGCCAGCUCAUACAGAUCGGAACCCUCUUCGAUAACGUUCACGAACACGCGCACCUGCUACCCGAGUCGUUCGUUGCGGAACUCAUGGAGGCGUAUCCGCGUCAUGAGUGGGGAGGGUGUUUCAAGGGCGCGAUGGAAUCGGAGGUCGAACACAAGCCUUGGUCGCAUGCGUCUGAACUCAAGGAGACGGGCGCCGCUGCGUGGGACAGGAUCCUUGGGAACGCAUUGGAGAAGACGUACGCGUGAAAAUACGUACGACGAAUGCGAGCAAUUCAAUGAAAUUACC